GGCGGAUCUGAGAUCAGGGACGAUGACGCGCCCGCGUUUGCGAUACGACGCCAGAUGGCACUCUUCGGACAAGCUGGCGAGACGAACGAUCUAUCACCAGCUGAAGUGACAUUUGACGGGAGCACAUCGACCGUUGCCUGGCCAGUGAGUAGUCAGCGGCGGCGUGAAGGUCAUGUGGCAGGGGCGGCCAGACCUGAGGAUAUUUGCAUGCCCGCUGGCGUGGGCAUGGCAGAUGGUGCUGGGUUUGGUGCAUCCCCUCGCAGAUCAGCUAUGCCACGUCCGGCUCAAAGCAGCCCUGGCAUGGGAUCUCCAUCACGGGCUCGGACCGGUGGUCAGUCCCCUGUGAUGUCACCGAAGAUGCUGCAAAGCCGAGAUCCGACUUCUCCAAGCCACAAGAUGUCGACCACCCGCAUUCAAGCGGAACAGUUACGCGAUGAAGUCGUGCAACUUCAUCACCUUUUGCACCAGACCAGGGAGUUACAUGCCAGCGAGGCCUCGCGUCUGACUUUCCAGCUCCAGGAGGGUAAGAGUGCCCUCCGGCGGGAGCAGAACCUGCGGGAAGAGGCUGAAUCAAAAGAGAAGGCUAAAAGUUCUCACUGCGAUCAAUUGUACAAAGAGAUUGGAGCUUUAAAGCAGCAGCUCCACAGUCAAGGACAGCUUGGAGGUGGAUAUUCUCAAGGAAAUGCACCCCCCAAGAAUGCCUUGCAAGGCGAUGACUUGAGGGCCUUGGGCUCGGAGCUUCAGCAAAUCCGACAAGAUAGCCAGGAGCUCCGGGAUCUCAUGGCACGACAGCAUGACGAAGAACUGCAGAGACUUCGAGAUGAGCUGGAACGGUUACACCGAUCUUCCAGAAGUGCUCAAAGUGAAGUCCUUCAGUUGGAGGCCGCGCAAAAGCAGCAGGCCACGUCCGAAGCUGCAGCUGCACGGAAGCUUCAAGACAGGCCCACUUGGGCAUUUGUGAGAGUUGUAUGGGAUAAGAAGCGAGGGAAACAUCCUGGAGUGGAGCUGCCACAGAGCAAGCUGACUGGCGCAAUUGAGUGGAGAGUAUUGGAGUACCAGCUGAAAAUUGAAAAUGCAUCGAUACACAGAGAGGUCAUGUGUCAUGUGAUCCAUGAGUUGAAUCGAUGCCGAAUGAACUCUCUAGCCUCGUGGGCCGAGGCAGCAGCUCAGCUAGCUCAGACGCAGAUUGAGAGACUGCACCUGGAGCAGAAGAGCAUGAUCUUGGACCGGGCACUACAGGCCGGAACUUCAAGUUAA